AUGAGCAAGGAAGCGAUGGAGGAGAUGGAGCAGAGGAUGCUCCAGCUGCGACGACGACGAGCCGAGCUCAUGCUUGAGCUUGAGACAAGAAAGAAGAUGAUCGAGAUCGUGAACGAGCGCAUGACAGCAGACAGAGACGAAGAUGUUAGGACCUCUCCUGCUCCUGCUCUCCCUCCUGUUCCACCUCCUGCUUCCUCCUUGGAUGGAGAGGAGGAUGUGGUGGAGGGACGAAAGAGCGAGAGCAUGCUCCUCCUCGAAUCGGGUUAUGACGACAGCGAACAGCGCAAGAAGCGUGAAGCUCAAGCAAAGGCAGCGAAGGAUAGAUUGAGAGCGUUGAACGAGGAGAGGUGGAAGAUUAUGGAGCGACAAAAAGAGCUCGAGGACAAGCUCAAACCGUUGGAGACCGAGCAAUUUCGAGCUAAGGUGCACAGAGUGAUGAUGAUGGUGACGAUGACUAGGACCAUGAUCAUGGAGGGGGAGGAUGCUGAUAAUGACGAUAUGAUGGCGAUGGCGAUGACGGGGAGGAUGAUGAUAAUGACGAUAUGA